AUGUCACAAUUUAAAGAGAUUAACACGUUUCCGAAAGCUCUCAAAUUUACGCCUUACAAUAAAAAUGAUUUUGAUUUCGAUUUACUGAAAAGUAACAGAACGCAUCUUUGUCGCGAUAGUUUGAAAGUGUGUAAAGUUAUUAUUUUGGGUGAUUUGUGUGUAGGAAAAACGUCGCUGUUAAAUCGCUUUUCUCAUAAAAUAUUUGACUCUAAUUACCGCACAACAAUAGGCGUGGAUUUUCAUUCCGAACAAGUCAAUAUUUUGGGAAUCCCCUACUAUUUACAAAUAUGGGAUACGGCAGGUCAGGAACGCUUUAAAUGCAUCGCUCAAUGUUAUUAUAGAAAAGCACAUGUUGUUAUGCUAGUAUUCGAUUUGUCCAAUAUAAAAACCUUGGCAAAUUGCAAAAACUGGUUACAUGAUGCCUUAGAAGUGUGCAAAGAAAACGCCCCUUUUGUUUUUCUCGUAGGGUCCAAAAAAGAUUUGCUUUCAGAGGAAGGUUACAACAGUGUCGAAAAAAUCGCAAUAACAACCGCAAAAAACAUAAACGCGGAAUUCUGGAGCGUCUCAUCUAAAACUGGCGAAAAUAUUGACAACUUGUUUAUCAGGGCUGCAGCUUUGAGCUUUGAACGGCACAUUAACAUAAUCGGAAUGGAAAAUAUCAACAACAAUAGCAAAAAAAUUGGAACUGAAUUAAUAUGCGUCGAAAAAAAGAAGAAGGGUAAUAAUCGAAAUAGUGGUUGUAAUAAUGUAAUUAAGUGUACAAAAAAUUAAAAAUAAACAGGUUUUUCUUCUAAAAAA